AUGGGGAAAUCUAUUACAGAAACUAAAGAUUUAAAGAAGGAAGAAGCAGUCUCUUCUUCUAAUGAGGACAGUUCCAGCGCUGCAAAUGAUUCAAGCGAUGAAGAAAGCGAUACCCAGCAAGCAACCGUAGCUUCUGAUCAAGAAGAUUCUGACAAAGCAGUUAAAAUAGAAGAUAGCACCUCCUCUUCAGACGAGGAGGAAGAAGAACAAGAAGAAACAAAUAGUAAAAAGCGGUCCUACGCUGAAAGUCAAAGUUCGGAACAAGAUGAAGAAAACAGUGACAGCGAGAACGAUGAUGAAGAAACGCAAGAACAGCAACCUGUCAAGAAAGUCAAAGUAGAAACCAUUGAAAAGAAAGCAUUUGGGUCAGAAGGACAUACAGUCUGGGUUGGCCAGCUUGCUUUCAAGGCAACCAAAAAGGAUAUAGAAGCACAUUUUAGCGCUUGUGGUCAAGUAAAUGAUGUUCGUCUUCGUACUCACCCUAAUACUGGUCUGUCACGAGGCUUCGCUUAUGUCGACUUUGCAGAUGAGGAAGGCAAGAAGGCUGCAAUGGAAUUAGAUGGUUCUGAAUUUAUGGGACGUGUUAUUAAAGUGGAUAAUGCUGAUGCUGCCAAACCACGUACAGCCGAUAACAACUUUGGUCCCAAAUCGAAUACAGUGUUUGUUGCCAACUUGGCACAUAGUUUAGAUGAAGAUGGCGUGCGACAAGCUUUUGAAAAGUUCGGCACUAUUGUUGGAGAUGUGCGUUUACCUUGGAAUAAAGAAACUGGUAGAAUUCGUGGUAUUGGCUAUAUUCAAUUUGAAACAGAGGAUCAGGCAGAAGCAGCUGUAAAGGGCAUGAACGGAAUGUAUAUAGAAGGCCGACCGGUGCGUACCGAUUUUAGUGGCGGCGAUGAUUCUGAAAGAGUCAAUAGCAGACCUUCGUUUAACAAAUUCAGCAAAUUUAGUCGCGGCGGCAAUGGCAACCGUGGACGCGGUGGUGGAAGAGGCGGUCGUGGGGGCCGUGGAGGCCGUGGAGGCCGUGGAGGCCGUGGAGGAAAUAAACUCAAUAAGUUUUAA